CUGGCAUCAGUUCUGCGGACUGCGUUGUCGUGAUGGCGAUGGAUCCCCGGUUUGAUCCGUCCAGCAACCCGCGCUUCAAGAAGGCGCCGCUCAAGACCAGGAAGACCCUCAUCGAUGAAAGAUUCCAGAGGUACAGAGCGCCACAAACACGCACCAAUCCAUCAGUCCAUCAGUCCAUCCAUCGCCCAUUGAUCCCGCCUGUGUCUGUGUGGCUGUCAGGAUGUUCGAUGACAAGGCCUUCCAGACGCACACGGUGGUUGAUCCCUACGGCAGACGCAACAGGGACGUCAAGGCCGACGACAUGCGGCGCUUCUACCGAAUGGAACAAGACGAUGAAGAACCGACAAAGGACGAGCAACACGAUGCCCCUGUCAAGCGCAAGAAGGAGAAGGCUCUCAAGCGCAAGCAUCAGGAGCAAGAUGCCGAUGACAAGAUCGAUGACAAGAUGGCAGAUGAUGAUGAUCCUCAGGCGAACGGCAGCCGGGGCACCGUUCCCUUCGAGUGGAGUGAGGAAUCCUCCUCAGAUGUGAGAAGAGCAGACAGCAGUGUGCCGCCCAUGUGAAAAGGCACUCCCUGUGUGUGGUUUCUUGCGUACGACAGGAGGAAGAGGAGGACGAGGCGAUCGGUAAGGAUGACUCCGUGUGGAACCGGCUCGACCAAGACGUCCCCACGGUGCGCAGACAGUAUUCACCAGACAGAGGCGGACCAUGGCUGCAUUCUUGCGCACGGGUGUGUGUUCAGGGUGACGUGACUUGUCGCGUGGCGGUGAUGGGAUGCGAUUGGGAUGUCCUCACGGCAACCGACAUCCUCGUGCUGGCACAGUCGUUCCUGCAUGACUCCACGCCUGCCGGAGGCACCGACGCCAAGAAAGGCAGGACUACACAGACCGUCAUCAGCGCUGGCCCAGGUCAGAGAGUGAUACAAGGGGGGAUGGGCCACAGAGUUGCUUCAUUCACACAUCCUGUCCUUCCGGCUGUUGGUUCCUGCAGUCCGCGGCAUCCGGCGUGUAGCCAUCUAUCCAUCUGACUUCGGCCUCGAGCAGAUGGCCAAGGAGGCGGUGGAGGGUCCUGACAUCGACCUGCCCAAGACAGCAACAGCCGCCCCCACAACUGAGACCUCACCACAUGGCGAAAACACAACGGCGGAAGCGAUUGAUGGCCCUGGGGAGGUCGUGGACGGUGAUGAAGAGCAGGGCGGAGAGGAGGAGGGAGAAGGAGAGGGGGAAGGUGACGAGUCUGCUGAGGUUGGUGACACUGAAGACGACGAAUCGACACAGGCGGCACUGAGGAAAUACCAGAGACAGCGCAGCAAGUUAGUGAGCAACAAAAAUCAGUCACCUGGUCAUCUACUGUGGUUUGUGUGCCUGUGUUGCAUCAGGUAUUACUACGGGGUGAUAGAGUGUGAGAGCGAGGACAUCGCCGCCAAACUCUACGAAGAGCUGGACGGGCUUGAUGUGGUAAGGACAGACCUGCAAUGCCAGCAGGCUGCUGCGGGAAACGCCUCGCUUUCUCUCCGUCGUGUGUGUCUCCUCUGCAGACGUUUGCUGUGGACGGGCUCGACCUCCGGUUCAUUCCCGACUCCCUGGCCUUCCCCCAUGCACCAUCAUCAGAUGCGGCCGUCAUCCCUCCCGGCUACAGAGCGCCCAACGCAUACACAUCGGCCUUGCGACACUCCAAGGUCCGGCUCACCUGGGACGAGACCCCCGCCACACGCACCAAAGACCUCAGACGCAAGUGAGCACCCACAGCAGCACGAGAGGGGGAGAGCAGGCAGCUGGAAAAUCGCAUUCGUAUGGUGUGUCCAGGUUCACUGAUGAGGAGCUGAAGGACCACGACCUGCAGGCCUACCUCGCGUCGUCGUCAGAUGAGUCGGAUGAGGGGGAGGACGUGUGGCCGCAUCAGUCCAUCUACGAUGAGAGCAAGGGUGGCGAGGGUGGCGAUGACAAGAGGUUCGAUCACAUCGAUGAGGACAACCUGGAGGAGUACCGGCAGCUGCUUCUGGGCGACGUGGAGAAUGAGGACGAGGAAGAGGACGAUGGCGAGGGUGAGGGUGAGGGCGUCACGAGGAAGGCAAAGAAGGCCAACAGCAAAAGCAAGAAGAACAAAAAGGUACAGAGAGGGUGGGAGGCCACGGAGGUGAGGGCCAAUCAUGGUACGCAUGCGUGUGAUUCUACAGGGCGGUGACGUGAUAGAGAUCACCUUCAAGCCUGACCUGGAGGCCCUCGCCAUGAACGUCAAGGAGCGAGCCAAAGACAAAAAGAACAUCACAGUCGACCAUCAAGGGUGAGCAGCGCACAGCAACUCCCACGCCACCAAUGGUGCAUGACACGACAAUGGCGUGGGGGUGUGUGCAGUCGUGAGGUGCUAGAGAAGGAGUCCAAGAGCCCCUGGCAGGCCUAUCUGGAGAAGCGCAAGCAGAAGCGCAAGGAGAAGAAACAGGAGAGACGACAACAGAUAGAGCGACAGAAGAAACUGGUACCCAAGACGCGUCAGAAAGCGACCAUUGGCUGGCUGACAGGGUGUUCUUGUUCAGGCCCGUGGGGAGCCUGUCGACGAGGACGAAGGAGAGGGAAGCGACGACAUCAUCGGAGGCAAACCGACGAAGCCAAAAGCGCCCAGAGUACGCAAGAAUGGUGCGUGCUCACCUUGGUGGACCUCCCUGUCUGCGUGUGGUGUGUGUGGUGCAGUUUCCCACUGUUGGAGCUCUGGACGAGACGGACGUGCCAGACUUCGAGACCGCUGAGGCAAAUCCUAAAGACGACGAAUACGACGAGGAGGUGCGAAGGAUCUUAACCCAAAAAGAGCGACGGGGUCCCCCUCACACUCUCCGUGGGCUUGUCAUGCAAUGCAGGAGGGUCGUCACUUCAAUUUGCGUGGCCGCAUCAGCCGCCUGCGCGACAAAGGAGGCGUCGAGGCCUCGACCAAGGCGCAGAAGAAGGCCAAGAAGAAGACGGCCGAGUCAGAAAUCCAACUGCAGACGGACUUCAAGGUAAGUCAGACGCAGGAAACGCGCACGCAUUCACAGGUGCUCGAUCUGUGUUGGUCGUCUGAAUGCAUGCAGAUGGAUCUGUUGGACCCCCGCAUCGCUCGCGUGUUUGAGAAUCCUGACUUCGCCAUCGAUCCGACAAACCCGAGAUUCAGAGUAAGGCAGCACCCAACGCAUAGAGCUACCGUCAUACCCCUCUCUCCUCAUCUAUCUAUCGUCUCUUGUGUACACAGAACACGGAAGUCGAUCGCCAGCUGCUGGCGCUGCGAAGAGUGCGCAAGAGGAAGAUGGCCAGCAAGGCACAGCAAGAGAAGGGUCUGCCAACAACCAAGCCCCCGCCGCCCCGCAAGGCCCAGAAGAGACCACGUGCAGCUGAUGACAAGCCCCCUGCUGCUGGCGUGGAGGAAGAAGGCUUCGUGCUCGUCAAGAAGCGAAAGAAGAGCAGGCAGGGUUAGUUGGUGUGCGUGCGUAGGUUGCUGAGUUGACUGAUACGCACCAAGACAUUCAUUCAGUCAAUCAUGCAGGCAA